AUGGCACCCAUACAGCCCCGUCUCAAGAUUCUAUCAGUUGUUCGGAAUCCUGAAGAUGCCGCUCAUUCUCGAGAAGGCGCAUUUGAUUACGUUGUUUUAUGCGUCAAGGCACUCCCUGAUGUCUACGAUCUUGCUGCCGUCAUCGACUCCGUUGUCACACCUCAGCAUACGUGUAUCCUUGUAAAUACUACCCACACAUUAGGCGUUGAAGCCGCGCUCGAAGAACGAUUCCCUACAAAUGUCGUUUUGUCACUUGUUUCCGGAGCAGAGCUUACACAACUUGGCCAAAGCGAGUUCGAGCACAAGGGCUCGACAGAGAUAUGGGUUGGGCCUGCCAGUAGGAACAGCAACAUACCCCAAGCUAUCCAGGAGGAUAUGGCUCAAGCAUUGGCAAUGACAUUGAGCACUGGCCAAGUGGAUUGCAAGGUCUCUUCAAAUAUUCGCCAACAGCAAUAUGAAAGAGUUAUUGGCCCUAUCGCAUUCCACCCCGCUUCCGUCCUCUUUGACACGCCAAACCACGCUGCUUUGUUGGAGAAGGUUGGGGUUAGGGACAUGAUUUCGGAGGUCAUAGACGAACUAUUGCGCCUCGCCGAUGCAAAUGGCUGCAAGCUCGCCCCAGACUUCAAGGAACGAACAAUGGAUGAGAUGACGAAACCGAAUCUACCCGAAAGUAUUAUGUGGCAAGACUAUACUGCCAGACGUCCCAUGGAAAUUGAGACGUAUCUCGGUUCGCCCAUUAAAUUGGCUCGCGAAUCACAGAUACCCAUUCCUCGAAUUGAGACGUUAUACGCCAUUCUUCACAAUCUCAACAUUGUAAACCGCUCCAGGCCCAAGCCAGGCGAAGGUCCCCCGCCAAAUAUGAUGCCCCCGGGCUCUCCAAUCUCUUCCUCACAGUCCCGGUCUGUUUCUCAAGCGGGUCAUCGUCCCAUGAUGGGCGGUAUGCCAAACGGAAACGGUAUGCCGCCUCGACAACCCCGACCUAGGAACUCUUCAAACUUCGGGCCUUCAGGUAUGAGGCGGCCCCCCCAGAUGAAUGGAGGGCCGCCAAACGGCUACCCUCGCCCUCCGCCAUCGGUGAAUGGUGGCUCAAGAGCUCCCUCUCGAAGGGGUUCAAUGGAUGGCAACGACUUGGAAGAGUUUUCGCAUCUAGUAUUGUACGAUGACAUCCCAGAGGGCCAAGAACCAUCAUUUGGUGGAGAUUCCGAUAUGGCCUUGCGCGAACGGGAACUUCAGCUUCGCCAACGUGAGCUUGCCCUGCGGGAACAGGAAAUGAGAAUGAGACGUGGCCCGCCUGGGCCCCGUCGAGGUCCUCACCCCAUGCGCAACAGUCAGCAAGUUUUCGACGACGAUGAUGACGACGACGAUUUCUUCGAUCCUGUCGCACCUACCGGAGCGCCAACCAUUGACCCCGAUAAUUUUGACAUGAUGAGUGUGACGUCGAGGAAAAAUCGCAAAACGUCGGGCCAGUCUGCGUCCCAAUUUCGCCGGAACCCAGAAAGCGACCUUCCUCCCCCGUCCCGAGCCAGCCGAUUCCGCCCUAGCUUUGGACGAAACCGCGCCAGCCAGGUUAACCACCUCCCUGCCAUGAAUGACAAUAUCCUGGACGACGCUAUGUUAUCCUUUACAUCGAACCGAUACGGCAAUGUUGACAGAGGUGCCAUGGGCGGUAGCUCACGCGCAAACUCCCUGACAGCUUCAAGGUUGGAAGAGAUCCCGUACGGGCCUGGGUCAGGCGGCCCACCUGGAAUGAACGGCGCAUUUCCACGUCGCGCAAGCCAAUCCCCUGGCAACCCCUACGGUCCACCAAUGCGCGGUGGUCGUCCUUCGCCCCCUAACGGCUACACACCUUCGAUGAAUGGGCGGCCCUCGCCUCCAGACGGGGUCCGACAACCUGUUCCUCGCUACCCGCCAGGGCAGGGUAAUUCUGUUGCCCCCCAGCAGGUAGAGCAGCAUAUAGGGGUGAGCGCCCUCAAUCCACCCAAGCCAAGAAAUGUUCGUAGUCUGACUGGUAGUGCGAGCGCCAGCGUGGGCAGUGGUGAACUCGACUCAGAACAGUCUGCACAUAGCAGUCAGAGCAGUUUCCAGAAUGCGACUUCGAUCGGAGUGCGUUAA